ACCCGUUGCAAGCCCAAAACCAGAGAAAAUACAUUUUUUAAUCCCUCGUUUGGUGCAAGUUCUCCGUCUCCUUCUUCCCGUGUUUUUAAAUUAUAUAAAUUAAAACAAAAAACAAAUUCCGAGCAGAGAGAAGGGAGAUUGAGAGAAGAACACCCAGCUUCUCUCCUCUGGAUCCAGAUCUCCUCUCGCAGGCCUUCUCUGAGACCUGGUUUCUCUCUCUCGUAUUCGCUACCUUUAGAUGCCAUGGAGAAUCGUCGAAUUCCGGCGUUUCACCUCUGGAUCUCUGCAUUUCUGCUGCUCCUCGUCCGUGGGAAUUGCUUCUACCUCCCUGGCGUCGCUCCGGAGGAUUUUGAGAAGGGGGAUACUUUGAAGGUUAAAGUGAACAAGCUGACCUCUACAAAGACACAACUUCCAUAUUCUUACUAUUCUCUUCCUUAUUGUCAUCCAGACGCUAUAAUUGACAGUGCAGAAAAUCUUGGGGAAGUUCUUCGUGGUGAUCGUAUUGAAAACUCUCCCUAUGUGUUUAAAAUGAGGGAGCCACAGUUGUGUAAUAUUGUCUGUCGGGUAAAACUUGAUGCAAAAAUGGCCAAGGAAUUUAAGGAAAAGAUAGAGGAUGAGUAUCGGGUCAACAUGAUCUUGGAUAAUCUUCCUCUGGUUGUUCCUUUACGAAGGCCUGAUCAGGAAGCUCCAACAGUCUAUCAACAUGGCUUUCAUGUUGGGCUCAAAGGACAAUAUACUGGAAGCAAGGAUGAAAAGCAUUUUAUCCACAACCAUUUACAAUUUACUGUCAAAUAUCACAAAGAUAUACAAACAGACUCUGCAAGGAUCGUGGGAUUUGAAGUCAAACCAUUUAGUGUUAAGCAUGAAUAUGAAGGUGAAUGGAAUGAGAAAACUCGCUUAACUACCUGUGACCCUCAUGCAAAACGAACAGUUACUAACUCUGAUUCUCCUCAAGAGGUUGAAGAGAACAAGGAAAUCAUAUUCACAUAUGAUGUUGACUUUGAGGCAAGUGAUGUAAAGUGGGCUUCUAGAUGGGAUACCUACCUCCUAAUGGCUGAUGACCAAAUACACUGGUUCUCAAUUGUCAACUCUUUGAUGAUUGUUCUCUUCCUAUCGGGUAUGGUUGCUAUGAUCAUGCUGCGAACACUGUACCGUGAUAUUUCCAAGUACAACCAGCUGGAAACCCAAGAAGAAGCACAAGAAGAAACUGGAUGGAAACUGGUCCAUGGAGAUGUUUUCAGGCCUCCAGCUAACUCAGAUCUACUAUGUGUCUAUGUUGGAACAGGUGUCCAGUUCUUUGGGAUGAUACUUGUCACCAUGAUCUUUGCCAUGCUUGGGUUCUUAUCCCCUUCAAACAGGGGUGGUUUGAUGACAGCCAUGCUCCUACUCUGGGUUUUUAUGGGCAUAUUUGCUGGUUACUCCUCUGCCCGCCUGUACAAGAUGUUCAAGGGAACAGAAUGGAAGAAAGUCACUUUCAAAACAGCUGUCAUGUUCCCGGCCAUUGUCUUUGCCAUUUUUUUUGUCUUGAAUGCUCUCAUUUGGGGAGAGAAGUCAUCUGGGGCAGUGCCAUUUGGGACCAUGUUUGCUCUUGUCUUACUAUGGUUUGGAAUUUCAGUCCCACUUGUGUUUGUUGGUAGUUAUAUUGGGUUCAAGAAGCCAGCCAUCGAGGACCCUGUGAAGACAAACAAGAUCCCAAGACAGAUUCCAGAGCAGGCUUGGUACAUGAACCCAGUCUUUUCAAUUCUUAUUGGGGGGAUACUCCCGUUUGGAGCUGUUUUCAUUGAGCUUUUCUUCAUACUCACAUCAAUAUGGUUACACCAGUUCUACUACAUCUUUGGCUUCCUCUUCAUUGUCUUCCUGAUCCUCAUUGUUACUUGUGCUGAGAUCACAAUAGUGCUCUGCUAUUUCCAGCUUUGCAGUGAGGACUACUUGUGGUGGUGGAGAUCUUACCUGACCUCGGGAUCUUCGGCGUUCUACCUUUUCCUCUAUGCUACAUUCUACUUUUUCACAAAGCUUGAGAUCACAAAGCCAGUUUCUGGGGUUCUGUACUUUGGCUACAUGCUUAUUGCCUCGUUUCAAUUCUUUGUGCUGACUGGCACGAUUGGUUUCUAUGCUUGUUUCUGGUUCACAAGGCUUAUAUACUCAUCUGUGAAGAUUGAUUGAUUGAUGCAAUCAGAUGGGUCGUGGCUAGUCAGUCUCUAUGAGGAAGCAAAGUUGUCCAGGGGGAUUGGAUAUGAAUAUGCAGGGGUACCCUUCUGACCGAGUUAGCAAUUUAGGUUCAGUUUUGCAUAUUAAAGGGUUCAUGAUUAUGUUGUCCAAUUGUUUUUUUUCUCUUUCUGAUAUAGAUUCAUAGUUACUCCCAUUUUCUUUCUUUCUUGUCUAUUUCUUUUCUUUUUAUAUAUAAUUUCUCAAAUGUAAUUUUUCUUUCCCCUUGUUUCUGGAUGAGACCUUAAAGGGGAUUGGUUAGCCAUUCCACUAUCAAACCAAAUGCAUGCUUUAGAAUGAAAAAUGAUCAAAAAGGAUUCUUGUACGACUACUAUAUAACUACACAGCUUUAACCAC